CAUUUGUACUUUUUUGGCUUUCUCCAAUGAUACGGUACCAGAAAGUCAGCUGAGAAACUCAAACAUGAAAGGGAAAUUACGAUGUCAAUAACAGUCAAUCGUUCUAGCUUUAAAGACAGAAUUGUUGAAAAUGUAGCAAAGGCAAUAAAAGCGAUUCAAGAGAUUCAGAUUUACCAUACGUCAGAUGAACCAGUGGUACUGACAAGCGAUGAUAGACCAGCCAGAAAACUAUUAGAACAUCUUGAUCAUGUUUUAUUACAUGGGUUGAGGCAUAUCACAAAUGGAUAUUUGAAAAUUGUAUCAGAAUUCAGUACUAAAAGUACUGUGAAAGAUAUUAAAAGAUUGGCCAAUGUAUCCACUGAUUUAGGGAGAGGUAGAGCAUGGCUGUCCAUAGCACUGAAUGAAGGUCUCAUGGAAAGUUAUUUCAGAUGCUUUGAAGGGAAUAUAAAACUGGUAAAGAGGUCCUAUGUGAGAGAUGCCUUAGUUUUAGAUCAACAGAGACUAAAUGUGCUGAUAACACUUAUAUCUGGUAUUGAAUUGGUUGUCUUCCAGUUAGAUUAUGAUGUGCCAUAUCUUGACCUUGGAACAGCUCUGCCUCAGAGAAGAAGUAGGGCAGACUCAGAGGAGUCAGAAAGCGACAGGUUAUCACUGUGUAGUAUGGACAGUGUGGCUUCCAAUGCCAGUAAAAAUAUGAUUAUAUCUCGAAACAGUCCUGUUAUUGUUGAUGAUGAGGAUAGAAGUCAUAGCACCCAGAUGAAUGGGUAUCUAGGACAGAUUGAUGAAAAUAUUGAAACCAAAUUUGAUAGAUUAGACAGUGUAAUGACAGAAGAUAUUGAACCUGAGGACACCAGUAUAGAGAUCAUACAUGUAAAAAGAGGAAGUGGUAAGGCAAAAAAAACAAAAGGUAAAAAGAACAAAAAGGAACCAGUUAUAGGCACAGUGGGCACAGAUGAACAAAGUCCUAAAAAUUCAAAUGUUAAAAGACCUAAUGAGUUAACGUUAGAUUUGACAACAGCAGAAGUUCAGGAACAGUACGAACACAUAGAAAAUUUAGAGAAAGACGUAAAGCCCUUCUACAAAUUAGCCCAUAGUGUGAAAGAAGACGACUUAAUAACACCUGAUGAGCCAAAUCAUUUAAAGUCACAUAGUUUAGUUAAUGAAAAUCCUCCAUCUUGUUUGCCAGAUGAAGAAAAGACAGAUUUCUACGAUAAAUCAUUAGAUAUAUCAGAAAAAUCUGUGAGUGACGAUGGUGACAAUUUUAUAGAAGAUGAUUACAUUCAGGAAUGUACAAAUCCAAUUAAACCUUGUGAUAACGAUCAAUUUGCAGAAAAGGUGAUUAAAAAAUUCCAAAAUAAACAUAAUGUCACUCUUUCAAUGAAUGGAGAUUUCUAUAACAGUGGUAGUAAAUUUGUAAAUAAAGCAGACGUCGUUGAGGGUGAUGUCAAUGAACUUGAUAAUAAUACUCAUAAAAGUGCAAUAUUUGAACAUCCUGGCAAUGGGGAUGUUAACACUACAUUGAAAGAACAUUUAGUCCCAAAAAUCCAGGAUAUUAAACCAAUUAAUAACCAUGAAAAUGAUAAUUCAAUCCACAAAAAUGAACUGCAGCCAACCAAAGAGAAAACAGACCAUUCAACCAAUCAGAAGUCUUCUACUUCCCAAAUGCAGGACCUUGUUGACAGUAUGAUUAAUAACCAAUCAGAUAUUCAGUUAAAGCAUCACAUGUAUGAAGAAGAACCAGAAGAUACAAACCUAAAUGAAAGCAUGAACAAGAGUGAAAGUUUAAGUGAAGGAGAACUUAAAUUAGACAAUAACACCCUAUUAUAUUUGAUGUUAGAUGUAUUUGAUAAUUCUGAAGAACAGUUUGUCAAGAUAUUUGCCACAACGCAAGGUCACACAGAUGGUGAAUGUAUUCCAGUAUUUUUAACACUAACAGACAGAUCCAUUUACUUUCUCAGUCAAAAACAGAGUGAUCAUAGAUUUUAUAAAGAUAUUUCUAUACCAUUUUCUUCAGUAGAUUUUAUCAAUCUUGGUAUUAAUGGACAAAGUUUUCAUGUGGUGUGUACCAACAGAAGGAACCAGUAUUGGAUAACAACAGGGAACCAGGUAUUAACAAAAGCUAUAAUAGACUGCAUAACAACAAUCUGUAACCAGAGUAGACUUACUGCAAUAACUGUUUACGAUGACGCCACUACACAGAAAAUAGCUCUCAAGAAAUACAUAAAUAAAGAGUGUCCAAAUGAGGACACAACUAUCUGUUGCUAUUCACUGGUCCACUGGGACACACCCUCAACCAAGGGACAUAACCCAGAGAAGCUACACAGGGAGGGACAUUUAUUGUACAAAUUACAUGAACCACCAGGAGGUUUAAUGGCCAUGGGAAGUCAAUAUCUACAAAAUCCAGUCUCACUCAUCUAUGGACAGUCAUGGAAACCAGCUUAUGUUGAACUCAAGGAUGGAUUACUGUGUAUUUAUAAUGACAAGAAUGACAGUAAACCAGUACUCUUUGUACAGAUAGGUGGAGAGGAGUGUAGUGGAUGUCGAAGGGCGAAAGAUACAGACAGGGAUCAUUGUAUACAGAUCAUCAAAUCUGAUGAAUCAUCAAUACAGCUAGCUCUAGCAUCAGGCCUAGAAGCCAGUGAUUGGUUACAGAGUUUGUGUCAGGCAGUUGCGGAGGGCAUUGAUUCAAAAGUGACAGAAAAGAUGGGAUGUAUGGCUUGUUGUUUGGUCAUGUCACAACACAAAUUACUGAUGUGUCAUGAAGAUUUACAAUCUAGUUUUUAUAGAACACUUGGAAGUGCUAAUGUUAUAGACGUCACAUCAGUACUAGAGGACCCUAACGUUAAAACUUAUUUAGUUCUUGUUUUUGAAUCCCAUGACACCAACGUCAGCAAUGAGCAGUGGGUACUUCAUUUUAACUCGGAACAGGAGAAGUUACGGUUCAUCAAGUCGCUGUCAGAUUGUUGGAAAACACAUUUUGAGGUUGAAAUUCCUGUUUUUCCUGUAGACGAUUUUGCUCUUAUGAAGAUUUGUCAAGAAAUGGCACUAUUACUCAAAAACAAAUUGACUAUAAAGAAGUCUUAAUGCUUUAGUAAAUUAAUUAUAUUGUUGACUGUGAUAUAACUCUUUUAUGUUUUUAAUGAUACCAAACUCUGACAAUGCAAUAUGUUAAAAAGAUAAAAUAUAGGUAUAUGUAUAUUGUGCUUAGCUUUCAGUAUUUAAAUAUGUAGUCCCUGAAGUAUCUUACCAAAAAUUCAGAAAUUAUUGGGUGCAUUCAUUAUUUUUUUUUUUUUUUUAAAUAACAAAAAUGCUUGUUAAGUUAUUGCAGAUUUCGGGAAAGCUACAUACUGAAUAUGUUUCAGAUGCCAUAAUGGGAAAAAUCUCUUGUAGUCGCAUUUUUCACUUUGAUAAAUACCUCACAAUAAUUUCUGAAUUUACAGUAUUUCAAAAAUACAAGAUGUUAUGAGAGCUGUAUGCUACAGCUCGGUCAGGAUGCAAUGCCAAUCUGAAUCAAUUAUUGGGUUUUUUAUGCUCAAAACUGCUGAAUUUCUAGUCAAACCUGCAAGAGUUCUCAAAAAUAAAAAAAUGUUUUCAACAGUAAAUGUUAAAUUUUUGCAACAUAAGUAAGGACUUUUAUGUUUGCUUUUAUUUUAUGAAAAUCAUGCUUUUAAUUUAAACAGAAUUUUGCAGUACAUGUACUACUUUUUAUUAGCCAAACAGGUUCAAAAUAGUUUCAUUAUGGUGCAGACUACUGCAGAUUGAAGUUUACCAUCUGUUUUUAGGAUUCAUUUAAUUUAGUGGGUAUCAAUUUUCAUGAAUAGAGGAAAUAUUGCAUUUUCGUGGAUAUUUAAAUUCGUUGUUUUGCCAAUCUUUGCAUACAAAGCGUAUAAAAAGUUUGUAAUUUGUUGAACAUUUAAUUUCAUGUUUCACCUAUACCCACAAAAUCCAAGAAAUUUGGUUUCCAAGUAAUAAUAAUGAACCCACAGUAUUUGGUACCUGUAAAGUACCUGGACAUUCUACACAUAUAUGAUUUUAUAGAUGAGUGAUUUUAAUGAUAUUAUUGAGAUUUGUAAUUAAUUGCUAAUUGAGUUCAUUCUGGUUUAAUCCAUGGCAUUUAUUUUGAAAAAUACUCAUUACAGAAAUAUACAUACUUUUGUGUUUUCAAAUUCAGAUUCAGGUUCAAUAUUUUCAGAGGCGGAUUCAAAGGGGGGCAGGGGGACCAGUUCCUGCUUUUUUGUGGGAAAAAUUUGGUAGAUUAUAUAGGAAAUCACUGAAGCAUGACUGGAGCACGCCCUCUCUUAGGCAGUCAGUUUCUGGAUCAGCUACUGGUUUUAUUAAAUUCUCUUGUAUAACAUAAAACAUGAAUAUAUAUAUAAAAAGCUUAUACUAAGUAGGUAUAUGCAAAUAGCAUUUUCAUCUGAGUACAUAGCAACAUUUUAAUAGCACCAUAUCUCCAAAAUUAACCACUGUUAUUAAGAG